CUCCCACUAGCACUGCCAACACCCAGCCUGCUGGUACUUGGCCGUAGAAGGAGUCAAUGAGCAGGUUCCCACCUCUGGGAACUCGGGGUCUCUCCAUUGGGUUGUCUGCAUUUAUGACUCAAAGAGGGAUUUAUGACACAUUGGCAGGCCAAGGAGAAACGGUUGGAUUCUCUGGUCUCUCUGGCCACCUGUUAUAGCCCCCAGCUCACUCUUCCUGUCAGUGGUGUGAUGUUUCAGGGGCUUCUCCUGAAGCCCCUUGGGAGGCUGCUGCUUGCUUCAGGCCCCCCACCCACUGCCUGCCUGCUUCAGCCACCCAUAGGAAGCCCUCUCCUCCAUUGACCAAGGAGGCAGCAGAUGUCAUAGAACUGUUGUUCAGGCCACAAGCUCCCCCUAAGUGUGCUCUGUGCCCAGCUCUGAGCUGCGAGGACCUAGAUGGGCCAGGGAGAUGGCUGCCAGGGAAGCUCUCAGGGAGGAAAAAGAAAGACGCACACACAGAUACAUGGACGGCAGUCACAAGACCACUGGCAGAUGAAGCAGCAUCUGGCGAGAGGUAGGCAGGGAAUGGCACAGGUGGCUGCAGUUCCUUGUGCCAGGCACUUUGCACAUAUGGCCACAUGCUCAUUCCACUGGGACAGUGGUUGCUCAAGCCAUAUUUGUCACUUGGUGUGUGGCCUUGGGCAAGUUACUUAAUUUUUCUGAGCGCUGAUUUCCUCACUGUUGAAAUGGCAAUGAGAAAGCAAAGGACGUGGUGUCUGAGGCGGCUGGAGCUCAGGACUGCCUGGGCCACAGUGGGCACAGAGCCAGGUGCCAGGAGACCUUUAGGAAAUAUUUCCUGGCCAAGUGCAAGCCCAAACAGCAUUUCUCAAUCUGCUUUGAUGUUCUCUCCCAGAGGUGGCACUGAACGACGUGAGGCUGUUCUAGAAUAAAGAUACAGCCCCGCUACUGGCCUGCUAAGCUAGCCAACAGAAAGAGCCCCCAGCAGGAAGCAAAGCUUUAAAUGAACAUGUGACCUCUCCGGGCCCCACUGGGACCUGCCACCCACACUCACGUGGUUGGAGCUGUUCAGGGCUGUGGAUCCCAUGUGGACUGGAUGCCCAGUGUGACAUAUACUGAGGGCCUUUGUGCUCUCGGCUUGGAGUGGUCAGGGAAGGCCUCCAGGAGGAAGAGACAGCCCACUGCCCCGAGCAGCAUGGCGCCUGCAGCUGCCUCUGGACGGAGGGACGGGAAGUGGCCAGAAGGGGAAGUGUGAGGAGUUCCCGUCCAGCCUGUCAUCAGUCUCCCCAGGUCUUGAAGCAGCAGCCCUGCCCGUGGCUGUGGCCAUGGAGCCCCUGGAGACCCCCGUCAAGGACGGCAUCCUCUACCAGCAGCAUGUCAAGUUUGGCAAGAAGUGCUGGCGGAAGGUGUGGGCUCUGCUGUAUGCAGGAGGUCCAUCAGGCGUGGCACGGCUGGAGAGCUGGGAGGUCCGGGAUGGUGGCCUGGGAGCAGCGGGUGACAGGUCGGCGGGGCCUGGCCGGCGAGGGGAGCGACGGGUCAUCCGCCUGGCUGACUGUGUGUCCGUGCUGCCGGCCGACGGCGAGAGCUGCCCCCGGGACACUGGUGCCUUCCUGCUCACCACCACCGAGCGAAGCCACCUACUAGCUGCACAGCACCGCCAGGCCUGGAUGGGCCCCAUCUGCCAGCUGGCCUUCCCGAGCACAGGGGAGGCCUCCUCAGGAUCCACAGAUGUCCUGUCUCCCAAGAGGGGCCUGGUCCCCAUGGAGGAAAACUCCAUUUACUCUUCCUGGCAGGAAGUGGGCAAGUUUUCCGUGGUGGUGCAGAGGACUGAGGCUGCUGCCCGCUGCCAGCUGAAGGGGCCAGCCCUGCUGGUGCUGGGCCCAGAUGCCAUCCAGCUGAGGGAGGCCAAGGGCGCCCAGGCCCUCUAUAGCUGGCCCUACCACUUCCUGCGCAAGUUCGGCUGUGACAAGGGCGUGUUCUCCUUUGAGGCCGGCCGUCGCUGCGACUCGGGUGAGGGCCUCUUCGCCUUCAGCAGCCCCUGUGCCCUUGACCUGUGCGGGGCCGUGGCUGGGGCCAUUGCCCGCCAGCGGGAGCGGCUGCCAGAGCUGGCCAGGUCCCGGCCCUGCCCCUUGCCACGGGCCACCUCUCUGCCCUCACUGGAUGCCCCUGGAGAGCUGCAGGAGAUGCCACCAGGGCCCGAGCCACCCACCUCCAGGAGGGUGCGCCUGGCCGAGCCUGGGCCGCAGAGCCUGCCACUACUGCUAGGCCCAGAGCCCAACGAUCCGGUGUCCGGGCUCUAUGCCUCGGUGUGCAAGCGUGCCAGUGGGUCCCCAGGCACCGAGCACCUCUACGAGAACCUGUGUGUGUUGGAGACCAGUCCCACGCUGCAUGGCGGGGGACCUGAGACCCACGAGGGCCCAGGCGGCCGCAGCCCCACGGCCAGCCGCAGCCCAACAGCCAGCCCCAUCUACCACAAUGGUGAGGACUUGAGCUGGCCUGGCCCCGCCCACGACAGCACCCUGGAGGCCCAGUACCGGCGGCUGCUAGAGCUGGAGCUGGAUGAGGCGGGGAGCACAGGCAGCCCUGGUUCUCAGGCAGGCUUCAAGGCCAAGUUGGUGACACUGCUGAGUCGCGAGCGGAGGAAGGGCCCUGCCCCCUGUGACCGGCCCUGAACACCCAGCAGAGUGGUGGCCAGAGGGGAGAGGUGCUCCCCCUGGGACAGGAGGAUGGGCUAUGGGCAAACAGGGGGCCCCUGCAGACACACGCCUGUGUCCACCCUGGCCUGCACGGACAAGGCAGACCACAUGUGGAGGACCUCAGCCCUGCCCUGCCCUGCGCAUGUAUGGUGUGCGGACUUGCAGACAAUAAAGCUCAGAGCAGCUCCCGGUAGGGGCACUCACAGCACACACCCCCAUUGGCCAUCACUGCAGUCAACACCAGCACCCUGGGCUGAUUCCAGGGACACAGAUGACCUGGCCUGACCUGCCACCCAUGGGCUCAAAUCCACUGCAGCAGAUGGACAAGAUGCAGAUCGUUAGGGCUCCACGUAGCCCUGCACAUCCAGAGUCGCACAAAGAGGCAGGCGGAGGGAGAGAAUCAUGAGGCUUGCUUGUCAGACUCAGGAAUGAGCAACGUGAGGGCCCAACUGGAGACCCGGAGGCUGGAGCUGGGGAGGAGCCAAUGGGGGCGGGGAGCAGGUGGAAAGGAUUUCAGAGACACGCUCGCCCAAAACGCUUGUUCCCUGAUGAAACUUCAACCAUUUGCAGAUACUUCUGGGAACCCCAGGCCUCAGUCUCCUCAUCUGUAAUGGAGAGAGAACAAAUGACUUACUAGGCAUAUUCCUUGAUGAGAGUUUUGCUGCGUGCCUACUCAGUGCCAGGCACUGGGGGACACGGCCGUGUUCAGGACAGCUUCAGUCCUGUUCUCCAGGAGCCAACAUUCCAGGUGGAGAGAAGUUUCCUGAAGACUGAAUGCUGCGUUCCCUUCUCUGCUCCUGUUGCCAUCCUAGGAGCCAGCCACGCUCACAAGCACCGUGCCUCCAGGGGUCUGGCUGCUUGGCCCUCACCACAACUCCACCUCAGCUGCCCACACCCUUGGCACAUCCUGGACCGCAUCUUCAUGACGGACACACCGUUUUUGCUCUCUCCUGUCCAAGCCUCAUCCUCCGGCCACCUCCUCCUUCCAGCUCACUUCCUCUAGCACGGCCAAUACCACCCCUGCCCAGCAUGUCGACCUGCAGGGACCCUUUUCUGGCUCUUUGAAGCCUCUGCCCACUGUCCCCUCUUUGUUCCACAUAGCUUCUGUGUCCACCAUGGAGUCCCUUCCCCUCUCCCUCUCUCCUUUCAUCCUAUUGGUCUGGCAAAGCCAUGGUCUUUGGGUGAACCCAGACCUCCUCUGUGCCUGCACACAGCUGCCCACAGCCAGAGAAAUCCAUUUAAGCUGGCUGCCUGCAUCCUCCUUAACAAUGCAAGGCAGGUGUUCCCUACCACCGAUACUCUGUUCCCUAGAGGGGCAGCUUUUCUCCUCCCCAGAACCUCCUCUCUGUCUCCACCCAGUGUCUCCUCACAGGCAUAUUGGGGAAACAGGUCAGUCUCCCCCAGCGUGUCUGCAAGUGUUCCAGCAUCCAUCCGUCUUCUCCUUCCUGCCUCUACAGUAGAAGAAAUGUCUGUCUCCAGCAUAUGCUCUGAUCCCAGCUCCUCUCACCUCAGAGUUUGGAAAACUGAGCUGUCCCCACUGUCUCCUGGACCCAUUCAACCUAGCAGCAGCAGCUCUUCCAGCCACACACGAACAUGCUCUGUAAUUUCCCAUCUUAAACCUUCCUUUGACCUCACAUUCCCCUUCAGCCACCCCCCGUUUCUCUGUUCCUCUUCACAGCAAAAACUCUUCAAAAGAGUUGAUUACUUUCAUUUCCACUUUCUCACCCACAUUCUCCCCUUAAUUAACUCUCCUUCAUCCCCAUGAUGCUAUUAUGCGGCUCUUAUCUGAGUCACCAACUUUAUUCUCCAAAAGCAACAAGGCCUUCGACUUCUCAGCAGCAUUCAACUCUGGUUCUGGAAACACCCCCAUUGCCUGGUUUUCCUCCUACCUCACAGUUCUUUCCUUCCCAGCCUCUACUGCCAUCUUUUUUGAGUUCUUCCCAGGGCUCUAGGCUCAAUACAGUGUAGCUCAACCCCGGAUACAUAAAGAAUCCCCUGGAAGCCCUUAAAAAUGUCCAUGCAUGUCCUGUGAGUGACCUACCAAGAGAAUAAAAGAUUUAAAAAAUCAAA